AGGAAUUCUCGCCCGAAGUCAAGCGCAAUAUGGAUGUAACGAAUAAGCAAUACGCACUGCGCGAUCGUGCAGAGCUCUCGGUCUUCGUUAAUCAACCAUUUAGAAACAAUAGUCGAAUUAAGUUUACCUGCUUCGAUUGUUCACCAAAGUACUUCGUGUUUGGAGCCAAUUCUGGUAGCCUCUAUCUGUACGACCGUGUAACAACUACCUUCCUAGCAAUCUUUCCUAGUCAGUUGGGCACCAUCGGGAAGGUAUCAAUUUCGCACAAUGAAAAGCAAAUCGCCGUCGGCAACCAGACCGGUUUGAUCGGUGUACUGCUCGAGCUGGAACCGCCGCACGUGAAGGAGAUCCUUUGCACGGAACUAACGCCAACCACCGAUGACCGGGAGGGUCAGCCGCUCGAACUGGUCGAGUCCGCGUAUGUAACCAGCUUUUGCUGGACGGAAGACGACAAGGAACUGUACUGCGGCGACUCGCGGGGCAUUGUUUCGCUAAUACAGUUCUCCUUGUUCAUGGGUCGUAACAUUCUUAACAUAAGUCUGCAUCCGGUGUUGUUGCUCGAAAACCGUAUAGUACAAAUUGACCGCUAUAAGGAUCUGUUGCUCGUUUCAACACUUUCCAAGUGUGUGCUUUGCAAUACAGCAAGAGAAGAGUUUAAGCAGAUCGGUAACCGACCAAGAGAUGGGCAGUACGGUGCAUCCUUUGUUAUUGCACAACCGAAUAGCUACGGCGGAAAAACGACGCCUUCUCCCCCGCUCAUGAUUGUCGAUGAAGAGGACGUUCGAAUAUUUUGCUCACGCCCUGGAAGCCGUUUGUGGGAAGCAGAUCUCGAAGGGAAUGUAAUUCGCACACAUCAGUUCAAACAGGCGGCUGAUAACCGCCGCUACCGUAGGGAACUGCAAUGCCUGCAAGAGUCUAAACUAGAUUUGAUUGGUCCAACGGAACCUGUCACUGGUACGAUGAUGGUUGUACCAUUUCAGGUGCUUUAUUCAAUUCGUCGACAGUUGCUGCUGGUACACGAUCGCUGCCAGCUGUUAAUAAUUGAUCCGCUCCAGUCGAGAAUUGUCCUGCGCACCGAUGAGUUCACGGACAUCGCUCACGUGGCGGUAGUGGACGAGUGGAUCUAUCUGCUCACUGGCGAGAAUAGAGUGUUUCAAGUGCGGGUCGAAAUAGAGGGUGAAGAAGAUCCUCACUCGACAUCAUCUGGUCAGCAGGAGGAACGUAGUUCGCACAACAAGUCACCUAUGCAGCUAGAAUCACGCAAGCAAAAGCAAGGUGUCUACAUACUGGACAGCGUACUGAACAACAACGGAAAGCAGCUAAAGGAUGGAAAGGAAAGUCCCUUACUACUGUCGACGGAAGCCACCAUUAAGGAAGCGCUUGUGUCCGUUGUAAGGGGUAAAUAUGGGCGUAACAUUAAGCAAAUGUUCAUGGGAUACGAGCAGCAGCAGCGUACACAAAACGGCCUACCAGAACGGCCAAAAACAUUGCAUCUAACGAAGAUUUAUGAACCCAGCCGUUCGAACGUGUUUGUCAACGGUAAUGGACACGCUUUGCUCGCCGAGUUUGGAAUUGAAGCUGAACCGGAAGAUUUGGAUUGCGGCAUCGAGGAAGAUAUAAUUGAAGAUCUGGUGCGUACCCGUACCGGCCAAACGUUCGGGACCAUCCAGAUGCAGGGUAAAAAGAAAUUUUCCACUUCCCUGCUCGAUGGGUACGAAACGUCGGAGGAUGAUGCCACGGUGCGCAAUUUGUACCUUAUCUUCCGGUCGUCAAUCAUCAGCAAUCUUAACUUUGCCGACCGUUAUGCGAAAAUUUUUGACGAUUACGAUACGGAAUCGAUUGUUCGACUGUUGCGCAAGUUGGAACAGCUAAUGGAGGAAAACGAGGAACCGAAUGCACGUGUGAAGUGUAUGCGAAUAUACUUCAACUAUCUAAAACCGGAGCUGCUGUGGGAAAUUGAUUCCGAUUCGCGGCAAUUCAUCAAGGGAGGUUUCAUCCUGUGCAACACGACGGAACCGGACGAUCGGGCAUGCUUGUCACGAUUGGUACAUUGUGCGCAGUGUGGGUAUUAUCUAGAGGCGACAGCAUCAUGCCAUUACCAGGAGAUCGGAACCUGUCUGAUGCAGUACUACUGGUCGCGCAAAGAGUACGACGAAUGUUUCGCGAUGGUAAAGCAAGUUCCGUACCUGUGGCGGACAAUCACACGCUACUACAUCCAAGAUCGGCGGGAAGAUAAGGUGGUGGCAUGCGUUUGGAAUUUGGCCGAUCGGGAGCUGUUUGAACGAGCGGCUGGCGAGAUUCCGUUUCAGCUCGAACACUGGAGGAAACUGUUUGAGUUAGUAAUUGGCUACCAUCAACGGAACGAGAUGAUGUGCUUGAGAUGUGAUGCACCUUGCACUCGUCCCGACAAUCCGCCGCCGCCAUUUAAUGGCAUAGUCGGUCACGCUGCUGAAGGAACAGCAAUCGAAUCUCCGUUCCGCCAGUGGAACUAUCUGCUUGGUGUCGCUCUGUCACAUUUUAAUUCACCCCUUGACCUGCUGAGUCUAGUGCGCUGUUAUGCGGAUCACAUUCCACGGGGAGCCAUCGCUCCUAGCUUCUACAUUCGAUGCUUGCUGCUUGAAGCAAAAUAAAACAGGUACGCUUGAUCAGCGUUUACCUAGC